AUGUUUAAGUUACCAUUAUUGUUAGCGUUCGUUUUUGGUCUAUUGACCUGUCAAUUAGUACUUGCAGAUGACUCUACACCAGAAGUCGAAGUUGUGGGUAACAAAUUUUACUUCAAGAAUAAUGGUUCCCAAUUCUUGAUGAGAGGUAUUGCUUACCAGCAAAACACUGAAAAUACCACUUCCAAGGAAUUCGUUGAUCCUCUCGCUGAUGGUGAUGCUUGUAAGAGAGACGUUGAGUACCUCCAGAAGUUAAACACUAACACAUUAAGAGUAUAUGCUCUUAACCAUUCUAAGAACCACGAUGAAUGUAUGAAGACUUUCGCCGAUGCUGGUAUUUACAUUAUUGCUGAUUUAUCUGAACCAGAACUUUCCAUCAAUAGAGACUCUCCAUCUUGGGAUUUAGAGUUAUACGAAAGAUACACCGGUGUUGUUGAUCAAUUUGCCAACUAUUCGAAUGUUUUAGGCUUCUUCGCAGGUAACGAAGUUACUAACAACAAAUCCAACACUGAUGCUUCUGCAUUCGUGAAGGCUGCUAUCAGAGAUACCAAGAAGUACAUUUCAGACAAGAAUUAUAGAGACAUUCCAGUUGGUUACUCUUCAAAUGAUGAUGAAGACACCAGAAUUGCAAUUGCAGACUACUUCUCUUGUGGUAGCCUUGAUGAAAGAGCAGAUUUCUUCGGUAUUAACAAUUACGAAUGGUGUGGUGAUUCCAGCUUUAAGUCUUCUGGUUACGAGGACCGUACAAAAGAAUACAAGAACUUGACUAUCCCUGUUUUCUUCUCUGAAUAUGGAUGUAAUGCUAAAAGACCAAGAAAGUUUACAGAAGUCGGUACCAUUUUUAGUGAUGAUAUGACUGAUGUGUGGUCUGGUGGUAUUGUUUACAUGUACUUCGAAGAAGCAAACAAGUAUGGUUUAGUCUCAGCUAAUGGUGAUAAUGUUAAAACUUUAGAUGACUUUAAAUAUUAUUCAUCAGAAAUUAACAAGAUUUCUCCAUCUUACGCCAAGAAAUCCUCUGUUAAGCUGGCUUCUAGCACUCUUUCUUGUCCUGCCUCUGCUUCAACGUGGAAAGCUGCUUCCAAAUUACCUCCAACUCCAGAUAAGGAUACUUGUGAUUGUAUGUCAAAGUCUUUGGAAUGUGUUCUUUCUGAUGACGUUGAUGAAGAAGAUUACGGUGACUUGUAUGGAAGUGUUUGUGGUGAUAUUGAUUGUGACACAAUUACCGCUGAUGGUGCAAAGGGUAAGUACGGUGCUUUCUCUUUCUGUUCCUCAAAGGAUAAGUUAUCUUACAUCUUGAAUGCUUAUUACGAAAAGAAUGGUAAGAAGAGUUCCGCUUGUGAUUUUAAGGGUUCCGCUUCCAUCAAUAAGAAAGCUUCAGCCAAUAAAUCAUGUUCAUCAAAGAUUUCCCAAGCCACUAAGGGUGGAUCUAGUUCCUCUGGGUCUUCUGGCUCUAGCUCUGACUCUAGUUCUGACUCUAGUUCUGGUUCUGGUUCUGGUUCAAGCUCUGGUUCUGGUUCCGACUCUACUUCAACUAAGCUGUCUUCCGGUAACUUAUCAAUGAAGAGCAUUUCUAAGGGAGAAUUAUUGACAGUUGUCGGUAUGGUUACAUGUUUCGUUGGUGGUAUCUCAUUCGUAUUAGUUUAA